AAUUCGUGAGAUUCAAGUAUUGAAGUCACCCUGUAAAUUAGCAUACAAUCUCAGGUUUUCUGUUCAUAUAUUACCAGUAAUAUCACACACUGUGGUCAGCCCAGUGACUGGUUUGUUGAAACAGUCGUCCGGGAGCAUUCCCCAAGUGCUCAUCGUUCCAUACUUUCGUGGUGACAAUAUUUUUUUUUACUUAAUUUUCUUUCUCUGGUUUUCCCAAUAUCAAAAUCCUACCAAUAAUCCCAUUAUGAGUGCUCGAAUAAACUACCUAUGUGCCCUGAUCAUUUUGUGGCUAAACUUAGUUAAUGCGGAAUAUUCAGAAACGUAUGGAAAUUGCAAUUUCCCUGAAGGAGGCGAGGGAGUUUGUGUAAAAUUACAAGAAUGCAGGGAACUCUAUGACAUUAUUAAGAACAAGCGACCACUAUAUGAAGAAGAUAAGGAGUAUCUUCGUAACAGGCAGUGUGGAUACUUCCAUGAAACAGUUGCAGUGUGUUGUGAACCUGAUGUGGCUAGCAACGCAAACUUUGGCAAUAAUUUACUACCCGAUCCAUCUUCGGGAAUGUGUGGCAUUGACACAUCCAACAGAAUUUAUGGUGGAGAAGUCACGAAGAUCGACGAAUAUCCCUGGAUGGUGCUUCUCAGAUACAAAAAACCUGGCAAUCGAUUUGGGUUUCAUUGUGGAGGAGUCUUGAUCAAUAAUCGAUACGUUAUGACUGCAAGUCAUUGUGUUAAUGGAAGAGACAUCCCUGUUGACUGGUCACUCCAUCAGGUUCGUCUCGGAGAACAUGAUACGUCCAAGAAUCCAGAUUGCGAAGAGGAUGAUUGUGCACCUACACCGAAGGACAUUUUGAUUGAAGACAGAAUCCCACAUCCCAACUACAUCCCAACAUCCAGAAACCAGAGAAACGACAUUGCCCUGCUCAGACUCGCUGAAACCGUCCGAUUUAACGAUUUCAUCAAGCCAGUUUGCUUGCCAACUGCUUCUCAUUUGAGGAAUAACGAUUUUGUGGGACAAUCCAUGGAUGUAGCCGGAUGGGGCAAGACAGAAAGCGUGAGUGCCAGUAACGUGAAACUGAAGGUACGAGUAAAUGGAGUCAGUAAAUCAACCUGCAAUUCCAUCUACAGUCGUCAAAAUGUUGUGAUUGGAGACGAACAGAUUUGCGCAGGAGGGGAAAAGGGAAAAGAUUCUUGCAGAGGUGAUUCGGGUGGACCCCUAGUUGCUUUGGAUAAUAAAUCCCCUAGACCUUAUUGGUUCUGUGUGGGUUUGGUAUCUUUCGGACCCUCACCCUGUGGCCUUGAGGGCUGGCCAGGAGUCUACACUAAAGUGUCUCACUAUAUCUCCUGGAUUCAGAAUACUGUUCGUGCCUGAUUCAUUGUGAUGUGUCUUAAAACGAAAUCUCUGUACUGCUUGUUUUUUGUAAUCUUGAUUAAAGGCAUUUAAAAAUCUAAUUCCCAAUAAUAAUUUUUCCCAAGAAAAGACGUUUAUGAGUCAAUAAAGUGAAUAUAUUUACGCUACA